AUGUCGAGUAUUACAGACCCAAAUAAUGACCCAAAUGUCGGUUCCUCUCGAGGCGAUUCGUCCUCAACCUCGGGCGAUAUCGCCAGUGGUCUUAUUGGCAGCGGAGGUUCAUCGUCUUCGGCGCUAUUGAUGACUUUUCUUCCUGCCUUAAUAUAUGCCCUUUUUUGGAUUGGGUUGUUUUUGAUUUUUCGAAGAACUCAGCGACGUUGGUACGCGCCAAGAUCACAUCUACCUGAUUUGCAUGACCAUCAAAGAAGUCCUGAAUUGCCCUCGGGCUGGGUCAACUGGGUGGGCGACUUUUUGAAGAUCGAAGAUAACCAUGUUUUACACCACUCAUCGCUAGAUGGCUAUUUGUUUUUGCGAUUUCUACGAGUUUUGUGUGCCAUAUGCUUCACUGGCUGCGUGCUUACAUGGCCAAUUUUGUUUCCUAUCCACGCUACCGGCGGGAAUGGCAAUACGCAGCUUGACCUUCUCAGCUUUAGCAAUAUCGCCAAUCCAACCAAAUAUUAUGCAAAUGUUAUGGUCGCAUGUGUUUACUUCACGUUCGUCUUCUAUGUUGUCGUGCGCGAGAGUCUUUAUUACUCCAAUCUGCGUCAGGUUUAUUUGAACUCGCCAGCAUACGCUUCCCGCAUGUCAUCGCGAACGGUUCUCUUCAUGUCGGUGCCUCCAGAUUACCGGAACGAGAAGAAGCUUCGAGGUGUGUUCGGCGAUGCGAUCCAACAAGUAUGGAUCACAUCAAACUGCAAAGAAUUAGCUAAAUUGGUCGAUGAACGAGACAAAUACGCAUAUCGACUGGAGACCGCUGAAACAAAGCUCAUUCGACGCGCUAACAAAGCACGCAUGCAAGCUAUCAAAAGAGGCGACUUCUCCUCAGAGACCUGCUUGGACUGCGAGUCCAGCAACCCAGCAUGGUCCCAGAAGGUCAAACGUCCUACCCACAGGUUGAAGAUCAUCUUUGGCAAGAAAGUGGACUCUAUCCACUACUACCGGGAGCAGCUGGUUAGGGUCACGGAGGAGGUCCUCAAUCUCCAGCGAAAACACCAGGAAGGCGACGCCAAACAGCUGUCUGCCAUCUUUAUUGAGUUCACCACACAAAAUGAUGCUCAGAUUGCGCUGCAGACUAUAUCGCACCACCAGCCAUUCCAUAUGACCCCGCGGUUUAUUGGUAUUUCCCCUCAGGAAGUGGUUUGGUCAGCAUUGAAUAUCAGCUGGAAACAACGUGUAGUUCGCAGGUUUGCCGUCCAAGGUUUCCUCGCAUUGAUGGUCAUCUUUUGGUCGUUCCCCGCUGCACUUGUUGGAACAAUCUCCAACAUCACCUACAUAUGCAAAAUUAUUCCAUUCUUGCAAUUUAUCCUGAAACUCCCAUCUUUUGUCAAGGGUGCCAUCGAAGGUCUGCUGCCAUCAGCAGCUCUUGCUCUUUUGAUGUCAUUGGUUCCAAUAAUUUGCAGAAUAUGUGCCAGAAGAGCCGGCGUCCCAUCACUUUCGCGUGUGGAAUUAUUCACGCAAAGUGCAGUCUUCGUAUUCCAGGUCGUACAGGUAUUCCUUGUGACAACCUUGACAUCAGCCGCAUCAGCAGCAACGGCUCAGAUCAUCAAAGAUCCAUUAUCAAUCAAGGACCUUCUCGCGCAGAAUCUACCAAAAGCUACCAACUUCUACAUCUCCUACUUCUUACUCCAAGGACUAAGCAUGAGCUCCAUGGCACUGGUCCAAAUCGCCAGUGCAUUGAUCUUCAGAAUCAUCAACAGAUUCUUCGCGCAUUCGCCCCGUCGACUCUAUACCAGAUGGGCCGAGCUCGCCAGUCUAAGCUGGGGCAGCGUCUUUCCCGUCUUCACCAACAUGGGUGUAAUCGCCUUAACAUAUUCCUGCAUCGCCCCAUUAAUCCUGGGCUUCUCUUUCAUCGGCCUAUACAUGGUCUACCAAGCCUAUCGCUACAACUUCUUCUUCGUAUACGACAUCCAAGUCGACACAAAAGGCCUAGUCUACCCCCGAGCACUCCAGCACCUCCUAACAGGCCUCUACAUCGCGGAGAUCUGCUUGAUCGGUCUCUGCGCUAUCAAAGGCGCAAUCGGACCCGUCGUCAUAAUGGUCAUUUUCCUUGUCGUCAACGUCCUGGCACACAUCUCCCUCAACGAAGCCCUGACUCCACUAAACACCUUUCUCCCCCGGUCCCUGGACGCAGAAGAAGAGCUCAUUCAAGAGAAAGAGGAUAUUCGGAACGAGAUCAAUGAACAGCGUCGCUCGCGCAGCCUUGCUUUCUGGAGAUGGUUCCAUCCUAAUAUCUACAAAGAUUACGCUGCGCUUCGUCGGAAGGUGCGCAAGAAUGUCGAGGCGGUUUCCUAUUCGCCCGAGGAAGCGCGGACGGCAUAUUUCGAGCCGUGUAUUGCGGCGCCGUCGCCUACUUUGUGGAUUCCGCGGGAUAAGUUUGGGUUCAGUCGACAUGAGGUUAUGGAGACGGAUUCGAUUAUCAGUAUUACGGAUGAGGGGGCGCAUCUCGAUGGGAAGAACAAGAUCAUUUGGGAUAAGUAUGAUCCUACCCUUCCACUCCGGGAACGCAAGAUUUUGUAUUAG